AUGUUAUCUUCGAAUUACAUUGUCGGUUGUCGACAUGACAUUCUCUUUAUAUCAAGGAGGGUAUUGACAUAUACGUUAUUACAAAAUUAUCUUUAUAAGAUGAAUAAAACAUUAAAGUUUGAUGGCCUUACAACACCAAGAUCCUUACGAUCAGAAAAUAAGACUGACAUUAAAGAUAUUUCUACAACAUCAAAGUAUUUCAGUGAUAAAGAUACCUCGCCAAAAAAAGUUGCAAAAAAAAAGCGUGCAUCCAUAAAAAUAGAGUAUGAUGAAACAAAGAAUCAACAAAACUCUGAAAGUACGAAAAUUAAAGUUGAAGAUUUAGAACAUGGAAUCAUAAAAAAACAGCGUAAAUCGAUGAAAGUAAAAUGUGAAGAAAUGAAGGAUACAAUUGAUUCAAAAAAUAAGGACACUCAAGAUGUAGAUCUACAAGAUGGGACUGCGAAGAUAGAAAUAAACAAAGAAAACAAAUGGAUGCCACCGAAUUGGGAAACCGUUUUAGAAAAUGUUAAGGAAAUGAGAAAACACAAAACAGCACCUGUAGAUGAAAUGGGUUGUCACAAAUGUACCGAUCCAAAAGCCACUGCCAAAGUUGCUAGGUAUCAAUCAUUGAUUGCAUUGAUGCUCAGUAGUCAGACUAAGGACCAAGUUACUCAUGCUGCUAUGCAAAGAUUAAUUACUUAUGGUUGUACUCCAGAACUAAUAGUAGGUACACCUGAUGAUACUCUUGGAAAGCUCAUAUAUCCAGUUGGAUUUUGGAAGAGGAAAGUAGAAUAUAUUAAGAAAACGUCUAAAAUUUUAAUUGAGAAAUAUGAUGGUGAUAUUCCUAGAACCUUGGAAGAAUUAUGUCAAUUAUCAGGAGUGGGGCCAAAAAUGGGACAUAUAUGCAUGCAGAUAGCGUGGGGUGAAGUUUCUGGCAUUGGAGUGGAUACACAUGUACAUCGUAUUUGUAAUAGAUUGGGAUGGGUGAAAAAGCUAACUAAAACACCAGAAGACACAAGAAUUGCAAUGGAAGAAUGGCUUCCAAAAGAUCUAUGGAGCCAGGUAAACUAUUUACUCGUUGGAUUUGGACAAGAAAUCUGUUUACCAAGAUUUCCCAAAUGUGAUGAAUGCUUAAAUAAAAAUAUAUGUCCAUCAAGUACAAAGGGUGGUACGAAAAAAAAGACAUAAUAUUAUAAAAAUAUUUAUUAUAUACUGUAUUUAUUUAGAAUAUUUAAGAAAGAAACUUUAAAAUGAUUUAAUGAUCUAACUUUUUUUUUAAUUUCCUACUAUGUUUCUUAGCUUUUUCAACUCUCUUACGUUUUCUUAUACUUUCUUUUUUAUUCUUUUGACGUUCCAUUUUUUGUUUCUGUUGGAAUGCUUUACUCUUUUUCACUUGUUUCAGUGCAGCUCUCUUUAUUGCUUUCUUAAAAUCUUUUUUACUGUCAAUUUGCUUCUCUUUUGAAUUUUCUUUUGAAUUUCUAGGCUGUUUCUUUUCAUUUAAAGGCAUUCCUACGAUUUCUUCAUCAUUUUUGGAAUCCCCAUUACUUUCUUCUUCUUCAUCACUUUUCACUUCAUUAAUGUCUUUAUUUUCACCAAUUAAAGCAUUCUUUUCUGCCAGAUCUGCAGUAUUUAAUUCCAAAAUACUGACAGUAUGCCCUUCUGUUUCAUAUUCUUGUUGAGAUAAUAACUGUUGAAUUUCAGGAAUAUCGCGAUUUGAAAGCAACUUUUUAUAACGUUCUCGCGUCUGUAAAAAGUAAUAUUUUAUUAUUGCAUUAUAGUAAAAUUUAUAUUAUACAUAUAUAAAUACUUUCCUCUUGUUUAAUUCUUUUCCGUUCUUCUUUUAAUUGUUGUUGUAGUUGUUCCUUAGCUUUUUGUUUUCUUUGUAAUUUUCUUUUUCGAAAUCCCUUUAGAAAUUCUCUGUUAAAUUUAAAGCAUAAAAUGUAUAUAUGAUUUGUGAGUUAUUUAAUCCAUAAUUGAAAUUGAUAUAAUUACCGUCUCUUGUUUUCAUCAAAUACAAGAGUAAUCUUCUUGCGUUUUUUCGGUUGACUAGGUGUUCUAUUUACAUUGAGUAACUUUGGCUGCAUUUUUGUAUGUGGCGCCAUGUGUACGUGAAUAUAGAUUAUUUACAGGUUAUGUAAGUUAUGUUGUACAAUACUUUAGUUUUUCCAAAGGAUAAAAAAUACUACAAAUAAUUACUAUAAAUAGUAAUUAUGGUAGUAUAUAUUAAAAGAGCAGGUUUUCCCCAAUUCUGUUAUUCAACGUUUUAUUCGAAAAAAUUAUCAAGUGAACAUUUGUAGAUGUAAACAGUCUCGUGACUCCGUAA